AUGGCCAGCCAAGCUAAGCUCAAUGUAUUGAUGUGCGGUACCGGUGAAUAUACCACAGGAUGGACUGGAUCUGGUGCAUCAAAGUCUGACAAGAAGAUCGGGGUCGUUGGCCUGACAUUAUUUGAUUUGCGAAGACUGGGAAAGGUUGAUCAUCUUAGUAUGGUUGGUGUCAACGGCGGCAAGUUCCCCGCUAUUCGCGAACAUCUGGCCCAGAACAUUGGCAAUGUUUAUAAGGACAUGGAUCUCUCGUUUGACGCGUUCCCCGAGGAGGGCAAGGUUGAUCCCGAUGCUUACAAGGCCGCUAUCGACAAAUUGUCCCCCGGCGACGCCGUGAUCAUUUUCACGCCAGAUAGUACGCACUACCCGAUCGCUAUCUACGCCAUCAGGAAGGGUAUCCAUGUUCUUGUGACGAAACCCGCCACUCAGCUCCUCUCCCACCACAACGAACUCAUUGAUGCCGCUCGGGAAAAUAACGUAGUUUGCUUCGUCGAACAUCACAAACGGUUCGAUCCGGUAUACAGCGAUGCGAAAGCCCGCGCCUCCACUUUAGGAGAAUUUAACUUCUUUAAUGCGUGGAUGAGCCAACCGAAGAGCCAGCUCGAGACUUUCCGCGCUUGGGCUGGCAGGGAUUCAGACAUUAGCUAUUACUUAUCAUCCCACCACAUCGAUAUCUGCUGUUGGAUCCUGCAGGACAUUGCUGUGCCCACGCGAGUAGUGGCAAGCGCUGCCACAGGCAUUGCAACAAGCGAGCCGUACAACUGCGUUCCUCAAACUGAAGACACGAUUACGCUCCUGGUCGAUUGGCAAUCGAUUAAGAGUCCCAAGCACAAGGGCACAGGAGUGUAUACUGCUUCGUGGACCGCACCCCUUAAGGCUGGCAUUCACUCCGCGCAGCACUGGUAUUACAUGGGCGAAAAGGGCGACAUUACUGUGGAUCAAGCCCAUCGCGGAUAUGAUGUAACAGUAGAUGACACUGGCAAGACAUGGUACAAUCCAUUCUACAUGAAGUAUUCACCCUCGGAAAGCGGUCACUUUGAUGGCCAGCGUGGCUAUGGGUACAUUUCUAUCGAAAAAUUCAUCGACGCGGCCCGUAGUGUCAACUCUGGAGCCUCUAAGCCCGCUGAAUACGAUACACACGGACUUCCUACGAUCGCGAACACCGUCCUAACGACCGCGAUCCUCAAUGCCGGCCGAAUCAGCUUGGAUGAGAAGCGUCCAGUGGGCAUCGCGAAGGACGGUGAUCGCUGGAUCCUUCAGUAA